AUGGCUGCCGAACAAGACACUCCUGAAGUCGCUUCAAUCGUAGCUCGUAUUGGAUCGUUGCUUGAUACGCAUAAAAAUAAGCUUGAAAUAGAUUUAACUCAUGAAACUAUUGAAUUUAGCCAACAUAGUGGUAAUCUUUUUACUGGCAGCAAACCACAAGUGGCUAUAACUCUUGGUUUUAAUGAUGAAGGUCUAACAAAAGACUCAGAUCUUGCACAAUUUGUUGCAAAUUUCAAUUUUAUUGCACUCGAUCGACUUCCAGUGCCUGGUCUUGAUGGAGUUCCAUCACAAUGGGAAAUUUAUCCUCAAACACCGAUUUCAUCGUUCUCUGAAGGUGUCACUCUUGAGCAGUAUGAUCCAAGUACACAAAUAUUAAAAUUAGCUGUUCAAACACAAUUUUUUGCAAUCUAUGGAAGUGUACCACAAAAACAUCCAAUAGCUGAUGCUCGAGCUCCUAAGGGUACUUAUUUACAAGUUCGUCGCGAUAUUCAAGGUGUUAUUAAACUCAACGCAAAAUUAGUUUUCAGUUCAUAA